AUGGCAGUUUUCACUGUAAUCUUCCUCUCCUUCUGUGGUGCCUUGUCGCUGUCAUUUUGUUACUCUGAUCAAGACCAACAGUCUAGGUGUGUCUUCUUAUUCUCUCUUUUCGAUACAGCUACAUGUAUAAGAUUAUGUUUGUAACAAGCCAGAUCGGGCAAUGUAGAGGAGAACACAUACAAAACCAAGAUGUCGGACCAACAAGAUAUAUUUAAUAUAAGAAGACAGAGUCGUCAGCGGACCACGAGGUCGUGACAGUGUCACGCAAUAUUGUUACAAUGUUACCUUCUUGUAACCCUAACAAUUGAGAAUUAAAGAAUAAAUUUUGAAUGAUAAUAAUAUAGAACUGAGAGUAUGAUAUGUCUGACCAUAAUUCAACCAUUAACGAUUUGCCGCUAGUUAAUUCGUAGAAGAACUUAUUCAAAUAUCCAUGUGUGAAGUUACUAACUUGUAUUGAUAAUCGUUCAAGCGAAACCUUACAGUAAGAAAGCAGUUAAAGCUUUGAACGUAGGAAAACGUUUUCUGAAUUAAUGUAGCUGUUCAUCAAGGAGAACUCAGGGACUGUGCGAGUUUAGCUAAUAAUAUUUCACUUUUAUCUUUAGAGGCUUUGGAGAUGUCAUGCUGAGCGGUUUUCGUGCACUCUCUGAGCAGCUACCAAUUGAAGGAGAUUACACGAAUCUCAAGUGA